AUGGUCAACCACACAAAUAGCUUCCUCGGGCUGCUGGCUCUCGCUGCCUGGGUCGAGGGAUACUGGCGCAUGUCGUGCAGUAUCAUACAGACUGGCCGAGUUGAUCCCAUCAUUGCCCCCGGAACCUUCUCAGCACAUGUCCACAAGCUCUCUGGGGCCAGCAAUAUCAACAUUGACUCCACCUUUGACAGCCUUCAGGCCUCAAGGUGUACUUCCUGCGAGGUCCAGGACGAUAAAUCGGCCUACUGGACACCCCAGCUCUUCUAUCAGCACGCGAAUGGGAGCUUCCAGAUGGUUCCAAAUGGCGGGACUGUGAUAUACUACCUCGGGCGUGGAGAGAACAAGACAAACAUUGAGCCAUUCCCUCCGGGGUUCAAGAUGCUAUCUGGAGACAACUUUGUUCGAUCUUAUGAUUCGAAGACAAAAACAUACAGUAAUUCAAGAUUCUCAGGCCGCCCAGUGGCCGACCGAGUCAGUUUCGCAUGCUUGGAUAGCUCAGGGCCUUCAAAGGAGCGUAACUACAUGUGGAAGACAGAUUGUGAUAACGGGAUGAGAGCCCAGAUCCAUUUCCAAUCUUGUUGGAAUGGACAGGAUUACCAGUCUGAUCAAAGCCACGUCGCCUACAUGUCCCAAAUAGACAAUGGCAUCUGUCCCCCGACUCAUCCACGCCAGCUUCCUCAUCUGUUCUUCGAGGUCAUCUAUGGGGUCAACAACAUCGACAAAAGCAAAGGUGGUCGAUUUGUCUUUGCUAAUGGAGACACUACUGGCUAUGCGUUUCACGGCGACUUCCUAAACGGCUGGAAUCCGACUGUUCUUGCGACUGCUAUCAAAAAAUGCAUCAACAAUGAUAGCAUCGGAGGAGCAAUUUCGAAAUGCCCUAUACUUGCCGCUUCACAAACACCAUACUUUAGCGACAAUUGCCCAGAGAUGGCGCCUCUGAUUGAUGAACCCAUUCGAGGCGUGAUCGAUGCUCUUCCUGGGUGCAACAAACCUUUCAGUGGACCUGGCAGAGCUUCACCGGUAGCAUGCGACGCAAAGCCAUCCAUCAACAACCCUGGAGAUGCUGGCAUCGGAUCUAUGUUUGAUCCUGCUAUAGGGGACAAGGUUGGCUCCUGGUCUUUCGUUGGCUGCGCUCUUGAAGGCAGUGGCAGAACCUUGAACAAGUUUGCUGUAACCUCAAAUAGCAUGUCUAUUGAGUAUUGCACAACGACCUGUAAAGCGAAGGGCUAUCCACUCGCUGGAAUGGAGAAUGGCCGGGAGUGUUAUUGUGCGGGAUCGCUCACAUCGGGUGCCUCGUACACCAAGGCUUCAGUAUGCACGUCAACACGCAAAAUGACUUGUGCAGGCAACAUGACACAGUAUUGUGGAGGACCAGGCUUUCUCACAGUAUGGAACGAUACCUCAUACACACCGCCUGCAGAGCUCAUUGUUGGCCAGACUCAAAUCUCCAAAGGCAUGGCUACAUACUAUGGAUGCUACGCUGAAGGCAACACUGGGAGGGCACUCUCAUCUGACAGCACGGCGGACGUGACAGGCAUGACAAACGAGAAGUGCGUUGCAUUCUGUCAGGCAGGCGGAUAUAAAUAUGCCGGCACAGAAUACUCCCAAGAAUGCUACUGUGGCAACGAAAUUGUCAAUGGCGGCUCCAACAUAACCGAUAUAUCUCAGUGUUCGAUGCAGUGCAAAGGGAACAUAUUCAGCUACUGUGGUGCCGGAAAUAGAUUGAGUGUAUGGAAAAUCAAGCAACCCGAUCAACCCACAGGACCAAUCACGGCACUUGAUGGUGCUGCCCUAUGGACAGGCUGCUACACGGAUGGAGGGUCAGGGGGCCGGACACUUCCUAGUGCCUCCUUCACAGGCUCUGCCGUCUCUCUCGAUACCUGCUUUUCAUUCUGCAGCAAACUCAACUACCCCCUAUUUGGAAUGGAAUAUGGACAGGAAUGUUACUGCGGUUACUCGCCCAAGACGCAGGCCACUAUUGCGCCAGAUGGCGACUGCAGAAUGCCAUGUGCGGGAAAUUCUUCCCAGAAAUGUGGUGCCGGUAAUCGCAUAUCCAUUUGGAACAAUACACUUUAUACUCCAACUGUCAACCUCGAGGCUCUCAACACCCCACCAAAAUACCUCGGGUGCUAUACGGAAGGGAAAGGCGCGAGCGCCUUAGGAGGUGCCAAGACAACAAACAAGAAGAUGACUCUCAAUGUCUGCUCAAAGUUUUGCUCCAGCAAGGGAUAUCCUUACUUGGGACUUGAGAACGGAGAGGACUGUUACUGCAGUAAGAAGGGGCCCUCUAAUGGUAGUGUUGAAGCUCCAGCAUCGCAGUGUAGUGUUGCCUGCAAGGGAAACAAGUCCCAGAAGUGCGGUGCCAGUAAGAGGUUGAAUGUCUACCGCCUCGCCAGAGUCUCAAAGACCAAAACAAGAAAAAGAUCAUCCGUGAGAAGACAAAUGCAGGAGCGGAGAUGAGCCCUUUGAGGGGGAUAUGAAUACUUUAUUUAAUGUACUUUCAGCGGGAUCAUUUUUAUACAUGACCACGUUGCACGAUUAAUAUAACUCUUAUUGAAGC